CCACGACGAGCACAAGCACAACCGCCACCAACACGACGAGCACAACCAGCACAACCACCCAGCAUGCCGCUCAUCAUGAACGCCGAGCUCGACAAGCUCGACGGGCUCGCGCCGCGUGCCUGCGAGCUGUGCCGCAGCCGGUCCGCCGACGUGAUGCGCUGCGCCGCGUGCCAGGCCGUCUACUACUGCGGGCGGGCGUGCCAGGCGGCGGACCGCGAGGAGCACCGCAUCCCCUGCAGGGUCAUCAGGAAGGCGCGCGCGCACUACGAGGCCGAGUACGUCAAGCUGCGCGACAUGCCCGGCGACAUGCUCACGCCCGAGCGCAUGUUCGACACCGAGGUCGGCAACUUCUGGUCCAUACUCGAGACGCGGCCCUACAUGCGCGCCCGCUACGGCCUCGUCGACGCCCUGCUGCUCAGCUACGGCACCCCCGGCGGGCCCGCCGACGUCGUCCAGACCUGCCUCGACCACCUGCUCGACAUGCUGCGCCUGAGCCGCUCCGACGGCAUGGGCGUGCGCCAGGUCGUCCCGGGCCUGCUGAUCCGCCUCGGCCGCGACCAGGACGCCUACGACUUUGUCCGCUGGCAUACCACCACCGCGGCCAAGAGUCGGGAGGACGACCGCGACUUGAACCAUAACGACGACGAAAACGACGACGACGAGGACGCGAGCCGCACCACCCUUCAUGGCAUCAAGGACGCCGGCGCCGACGUGCUCGAGGAGCCGCUCGACAGUUGGGUCAACGGCAAAGGCUGGAUGCCCCUGAGCCACGUCGUCGCCGUGACGCUCGUCAAGGUCCGCGUCCUGCUCGACCUGCGGGCCAUCCGGAACGCGAGCCUGGCGCUGCGCGGCGCCGUGCCCGCCGAGAUUGUCGACCUGAUCCGCGGCCAGCUUGUAGGCAGUGGCGGCGGCGGCAUCGUGGGCGGCGCGCGGCAGCGCGAGCUGCUGCUGGCGGGGCCCGAGGAGACGGCGCGGCUGGCGCGGCGGCUGCGCGGACACGUGAACAGGCUGUACGCGGCCGUCGACCGGUACAACCCGCACUUUUGGGACAUCUUGGUGAACAAGCCGGACGCGGGCGUGCUGGAGCGGCCGAGCGGGCCGUACGGGCAGCGGACGCGCGACGAGGCGCUGCUCGUGGUCGGGUACAACUUUGCGUCGUGGUACGAGACGCCCGGCGCCGUCGACGUGCUGCGGAGCCUGGCCAAGAAGAAGGCGGCGGGCGGCGGCUUCGUCGGCUAACAAAACAAAGCGAUGCGCCAAUGUCUCUGUGUGUGUGUGUGUGUGUGUGU